UCUGAACAUACACACAGACACAGACACACUCUGUGACGAUUCCGAGAUCUUCUGCCAGGUCUAGAAUCAUCUACUGGGCCCAGGAUUAUGGAGCGAAAACUGGAUUUGUCUCGUCUGACGGACGAAGAAGCCAAACAUGUGUGGGAGGUUAUUCAACGAGACUUCAAUCUGAGGAAGAAAGAGGAGGAAAGACUUGGCGACCUGAAGACUAAGAUUGAGAAGGAGGACACGAAGCAGGAGCUGCUGGUUACUGAGACUCAACUCUCAGACUCGUUGUGCAUUCGCUGCCUGCAGCCAUUUAAGUUCCUUCUCAACAGCAGACGUCAGUGUCUGGAUUGUCACAUGUUCACCUGCAAAUCCUGCAGCCGUUACAACAAGAAGGAACACGGCUGGGUGUGUGACAACUGUCGCAUGACCAGAGUCCUGAAGAUCGGUACUGCAGGCUGGUACCAUGAUAAUGUCCGGAACCGAUUCAAACGCUUUGGUAGUGCAAAGGUCAUGAGAUCGUUGUACAAGAGGCUGAAUGGAGAAGGUCACGAUGAUGACACUCAGAGUAUGCCUGAUGUACAAAAUUACAUGUACAACACCAAUGAUGACGACCAUGGAGAUGGAGAGGGUCAGAGAUAUAAAAUGAUGAGGAAGAAUAAACGUCUUCUGUCUGUCCACCCUCUGGACUUUGACUUUGAAGAGUACGCUCCACACUCUCGGCGAGCGUCCAUUCAGAUGCAGGAGGAACGCUUUUACAGGAACGAAAUGGAUUUCGACCCAUAUAAUCCUCGCACCAACCGCAGGAAGAGUCUGGAUCGCUAUGCUAUGAGGCCUGAGGAAUUGUUUGACAACCGGAUGGUCCAGACUCGCUCUCUAUCAAAGAUCAGCUCCUCGGUGGCUCGUCAACAGUACGUUGACACAUCUGAUGAGGAUGAAUUCCAGAGGUUCCCGCCGGGUUACCAGCAUGUGCCACCUUCACACCGCCGCAGGAACAGCCGAACACUGUCUCAGGAGAACCUCGGCCAAGCCCCACCCAUUAACGAUUUAAACAAACGUAUGUUAGCCAUUGAAAACCUGCUGAGUCGGCUGGAGGAGAAGAUGGUACCAGACGAAGAGGUGUCCACACCGUCAGGUCAAAAUGAAGAAGAAAAGCUGAGGAGGAAACUAAGUGAGUUGGCAGGACACCUGAGUGAAAAGGGCGGUUCAUCUGAUGAAGAGGUUGGGAAGAAGAUUCUGAACCAGGGGAAAAGUGGGGCUAAUGUCCGUGGGGGUGCAACGGUCAAGCUGCACUCAAAAAAAGACAAAGACCUGAGCUCUUCCAGUGAUGAACUGCCGACUGAGUCCCAAAAGAGAUCCACGGCUGCCGCGCUCUGCGACCUCACAACUCAGGUUCUGCGAACACUUAAUGCCACAGAAACAGCCAUGGUCCAGUAUGGCCUCACUGCGCCCGUUGACCACGCCCACUUAGCAGGAGGUGACGUAAAGCAAGUCGAUGAUGCGUUCAGAGAACUCGAGGAAAAUGUCUACGUCACAGCCGGUCAGUCCUAUGACUUGGAGGCCAAACUGAGAAAACUGGAGCAGAAUGCCAAGAACCGAUUUGGAGGAACUACAGACUCGGAACUUUCGGAGCUGGAGGAUGUAGUCGCGCUGACUGCUGCCAGAGUCCAGAGCGCUGAAAGCGAGGUUUCUGACAUUGAGAGUAAGAUUGCGGCUCUCAGCGUUGGAGGAUCCAAGAAGAAGACACCUUCUUCACACCAAAGAAAGAAGUCCUCACAAGAUGUAUCAAAAAGUAAUGGAGCUCAGUGGAGACCCAACAACGCCUGAUAGAACCAUUACAUGGAGAAUCAGAACCUUGACCACCACAGAAGAACGAAGGAACCAAAAGAACCAGAAAAUAGAAAAGAACUUGAGAACCAAACAAUUUAAAAUUAGAAUGAAGAACCCAUGAACUGGAGAACCUGAAACAUAAAAAUCAGAAAACCUAAAACUGAAAACCAGUCAUCAAGAAACCACAACGUAAAACCUCAAACCUUACAAAAAACAAACAAACAAACAAAAAAAAAAACCAUAAUUCUAAGAACCAAUUAAUCAGAUAUGUAGAAAACACGGCAGAUCAUAAAAGUGGAAAACUGAGCUCAGGAAACCCUUAAAUAAGAUAAAACAAAACCUAAACACCAGAACCUAAACCCUAUGAACAUCCUAAAAAGAGGUAACAGGAAAUGCCACAGAAAAGUAGCCAAAAGCAAAAAAAGAACAACACAAA